UAACUUACUAAUCACAACUUACAUCAACUUGUGAGGUAGGUAAAAUUAUCAUUUCGUUUUACAGAUGAGGAAACUAGACACAGAUUAAAUUAUUUGCCCAAGGUAACAUAGGAAGUGACAGAGCCAGGAUUUGAAUCCAGGGAGUAAACUUUCAAAGUCCAUCCUCUUAGCCACUGUUUUUGAAACAUUAACAGUUUAUUCUUAGAAGUCAAGGAAUCUAUGCUUUUUUUGUUUCCUUUAAUUUAGGAAUUUAGUCUGCAAACAGGGAGUGUAUUUCACACAAAGGCUCCUGAUAUCUCUUCAAGAUAAAAGAUCUAUCCACCGUUAGAAAAUAUGUCACUACAGAUGGUAACAGUCGGUAAUAGCAUAGCCUUAAUUCAACCAGGCUUCUCAUUAAUGAAUUUUGAUGGGCAAGUUUUCUUCUUUGGCCAAAAAGGCUGGCCCAAGAGGUCUUGCCCCACUGGAGUUUUCCAUUUUGAGGUAAAGCAUAGCCAUCUCAAACUGAAGCCUGCAGUUUUCUCUAAGGAUUCUUGCUACCUUCCUCCUCUUCGAUACCCAGCCACUUGCACAUUCAGCAGCAACUUGGAGUCUGAAAAGCAUCAGUACAUCAUCCAUGGAGGAAAAACACCAAACAAUGAGCUUUCAGAUAAGAUUUAUGUGAUGUCUGUUGUUUGCAAGAACAACAAAAAAGUUACUUUUCGCUGCACAGAGAAGGACUUGGUAGGAGACGUUCCUGAAGGCAGAUAUGGUCAUUCCAUUGAUGUGGUGUAUAGUCGAGGGAAAAGUAUGGGUGUUCUCUUUGGAGGACGGUCAUAUAUACCUUCUGCCCAAAGAACCACAGAGAAAUGGAACAGCGUGGCUGACUGCCUGCCCCAUGUCUUCUUGGUGGAUUUUGAAUUUGGGUGCUCCACGUCAUACAUUCUUCCAGAACUUCAAGAUGGACUAUCUUUUCAUGUCUCCAUUGCCAGAAAUGAUACCGUUUAUAUUUUAGGAGGCCAUUCACUUGCCAAUAACAUCCGCCCUGCCAAUCUGUACAGAAUAAGGGUUGAUCUCCCCUUGGGUAGCCCAGCUGUGGAGUGCACAGUCUUGCCAGGAGGAAUCUCUGUCUCCAGUGCAAUCCUGACUCAAAUAAACAAUGAUGAAUUCGUUAUUGUUGGUGGCUAUCAGCUUGAAAAUCAAAAAAGAAUGGUCUGUAACAUCAUCUCUUUCAAGGAUAACAAGAUAGACAUUCAUGAGAUGGAAACCCCAGAUUGGACCCCAGAUAUUAAGCAUAGCAAGAUAUGGUUUGGAAGCAACAUGGGAAAUGGAACUGUUUUCCUCGGCAUACCAGGAGACAAUAAACAGGCUGUUUCAGAAGCAUUUUACUUCUAUACGUUGAAAUGUGCUGAAGACGAUGUGAACGAAGAUCAGAAAACUUUCACAAGUAGUCAGACAUCAACAGAAGACCCAGGAGACUCCACUCCCUUUGAAGACUCAGAAGAAUUUUGCUUCAGUGCAGAAGCAAACAGUUUCGAUGGUGAUGAUGAAUUCGACACCUACAAUGAAGAUGAUGAGGAAGAUGAGUCUGAGACAGGCUACUGGAUUACAUGCUGUUCUACUUGUGACGUGGAUAUCAACACUUGGGUACCAUUUUAUUCAACUGAGCUCAACAAGCCUGCCAUGAUCUAUUGCUCUCAUGGAGAUGGACAUUGGGUCCAUGCCCAGUGUAUGGAUCUGGCAGAACGCACACUCAUCCAACUGUCAGAAGGAAGCAAUAAAUAUUACUGCAAUGAGCAUGUGGAGAUAGCAAGAGCACUGCAAACUCCCAAAAGAGUUCAAUCAUUAAAAAAGCCUCCACUGAGAUCCCUCCACAAAAAGGGUUCUGGGAAAAUUAUUACUCCUGCCAAGAAAUCUUUUCUUAGAAGGUUGUUUGAUUAGUUCCAUGAAAGCCUUUCAGAUUCAG